UGGGGCGCCGAGGAGAGAGAGAGAACGGUGCGCCCGCCUGCUCCUCCUCCUCCCCCUUCCGUCAUUUAUAAGCGACGGCAACACAGGCGACGAAGCCGGGGAGAGGGGGGCGCACGAGGCAAUUUAUAGCGAGGAGAAGAGGAGCGGCCGGGCCCGAGCAGAGCAGGCCGGGCCAGCCAUCUCUCCUCUGCGGCGUCGGCGCCCGGGAUGGGGGACUCUGGCGGCUCCGUUGUGUCGGUCGACGUCGAGCGCAUCUCCUUCGGCGGCAAGCCCGCAGUAGCUUCUGGUGGCCAGAAGCUGCAGAAAGCCGAAACAAACAGGGGCGAUGUCUUCUGCCAGCAUCAGGGGUGCCUACAACUGUAAACAAGAACACCAUAUACAAACGAAUCAUGGACCUGUAUCUGUUGCAGUGUAUGGUGACCAUGACAAGCCUGCCCUUGUUACUUAUCCCGAUAUUGCUUUAAACCAUAUGUCCUGCUUCCAAGGACUAUUGUUCUGUCCUGAAGCCGCUUCACUGCUGCUUCAUAAUUUUUGUAUUUACCAUAUCAGCCCCCCAGGGCAUGAGUUAGGAGCUGCUCCAAUUUCACCGAAUGCUCCUAUACCGUCUGUUGACGAUUUGGCAGAUCAGGUUGUGGAUGUCCUCGAUUUCUUUGGAUUAGGCUCUGUUAUGUGCUUUGGUGUCACUGCAGGUGCCUACAUUCUAACUCUGUUUGCGUCAAAGUAUAGGGAGCGGGUACUAGGUCUCAUCCUUGUUUCACCUCUGUGUAAAGGCCCCACUUGGACUGAGUGGUUAUACAGUAAGGUGAUAUCCAAUCUGCUGUAUUACUAUGGCAUGUGUGGGUUGGUGAAGGAGUGCCUACUUCAGCGGUACUUCAGCAAGGAAGUGCAAGGAUUCUCUGAAUUGCCCGAGUCAGACAUAGUGCAGGCUUGUAGAAGCUUGCUAGAUCAGCGGCAGAGCAUGAAUGUGUGGCGCUUUGUACAAACAAUGAAUCAGAGAUAUGACUUGACUGAACAGCUAAAGCUGCUUCAGUGUAGAACCCUGAUUUUUGUCGGUGAGAAUUCCCAGUUUCACGCCGAAGCUGUUCACAUGACAUCGAAGCUCGACAGGAGAUAUUGUGCUCUAGUUGAGGUCCAGGCAUGUGGAUCCCUCGUGACUGAGGAGCAACCACACGCAAUGCUCAUACCAAUGGAGUACUUCUUCAUGGGAUACGGCAUGUACAGGCCUAGCCAGCUGGACUGUAGCCCACGCAGCCCCCUGAGCCCCUUCUGUAUUUCGCCGGAUCUCCUGUCACCUGAGAGCAUGGGGGUGAAGCUGAAGCCAAUCAAAACGCGCGUCAGGCUUGAAGUGUAGAGGAGGAGUGAAUAAGGGGAUGGGAUGGUUAUUAGGGGCUGACAUGGUGAGAGGUUAGGCUAACUGGCAGGUCUGUUCUAAUUUUUGGAGGUAUAAAAGCCAAGAUUACAUGUUAUACUUGCCAUGUAUAUAUAGGAAUGAAAUGUUAGGUUGGUGAGCUCGGCUGGGGGGUGGGUGGUGGGUGGGUUCUUGUAUUCUUUGAUUUUGUAGCCUGAUGAAUGGAACCUGUAAAUUGGUGAUGUGUGUUGUUUAUCAAAAGGAAAGCGAAAGAAAUAAUAGCAGACGGGUGAGGUGUUGCCAUUGCCAAUAUCUAGCUGUUCUCUUGUGCUUUGCCUGCCUUGAAGGGAAGAGGAAUGUUCUCUUGUGA